AAUAAAAUCCGAAAACUAGUCCGUAAAUCAUCUGGGAGAGAUGAGAGUUGAAGCAAGCUGUAGUCAACUCAUGGCGGUCGCAAUACAACCUCAAGCGACUUCUCUAGCGAGGCUCGUCUUCCUCACCAAACCAAUUGGAAGAGGAAUCUUCACUUUACAACCUAAGAAGAAUCACCGGAAACCCAUUUACGUCUUCUCUCUCCACCAGACUUCUUCUCCGCUAACAACAACAACUCUCACCUCCUCCAACAACACUCCUAAAUAUGAUGAGCAGCCGCAGCAAAAACUCUCCUUCACCAUCAACUACCUUAUCGACUCAUGUGGUUUAUCUCCAGAUUCCGCCACCUUAGUUUCUCGCAAACUCUUACUAGAUUCUCCAGAACGACCCAACACGGUUCUAAACCUUCUUCGUGACCACGGUUUCACCGCUUCUCAGAUCUCAACUCUCGUCAAGAAACGUCCCGUUCUCUUAUUAGCCAAUGCUGACUCAGUCCUCCUCCCGAAACUCAGAUUCUUCCUCUCCAUCGGCGUCUCUAAAUCUCUACUUGCUCGAACCUUAGCUUCUGAUCCCACAAUCUUGACUAGAUCUCUCGUUAAUCAGCUCAUCCCUUCUUACAAUUUCCUCAAAAGCGUUCUUGAUUCCGACGAGAAGAUCGUGGCGGCGCUGCGGAGGACCACUUGGGUCUUUUUAGAGGAUCAUACAAAGAAUCUUGUACCUAACAUCAGCUACAUGAACGAGACUGGUGUCCCUGAGAAUUGUAUUAAGCUGCUUCUCACGCAUUUCCCUGAAGCUGUGAUGCAAAAGAGCCACGAGUUUCAAUCUAUCGCUAAGCAAGCUCGAGACAUGGGAUUCAAUCCUCAGAAGUCAACCUUUGUGCUGGCGAUUCACGCUCUUUCUGGGAAAGGAAACAAAUCUAUAUGGGACAAAUGCUUUGAGGUUUACCAGAGAUGGGAUUGGUCGGAAGAUGAUAUCAUGUGCGCUUUCAAGAAGCAUCCGCAUUGUAUGAUGUUGUCUGAGAGGAAGAUCAAUAGGACCAUGGAGUUUUUCGUGAAUGAGAUGAAUUUGGCGCCUAGAUCGAUCGCGCAGUGUCCUGUGGUGUUGUUCUUUAGUCUUGAGAAGAGGAUUAUCCCGAGGUGUUCGGUUGCUAAGGUGUUGGUAUCGAAAGGGCUUGUGAAGGAGGAUUGGAGCUUGACUUCGUUGUUGGUUCCAGUGGAGAAAGUGUUUUUGGAGAAGCUCGUCUUCAAGUACGAAGAUGAGUUACCUGAGUUGAUGGAUGUGUAUCAAGGAUGCAUCAAACUCUGAGCUUUUGAUUUUUUUUUACUGUUUCCGUUGUCAUAUCUUUCAUUUGCUGAGAGACACGAAUCUUUUUGAAAAGAGUGUAGUGUGAAUCCAAUUUUGCUA